UGUAGUAUUUCAAGUCGAACACAGUCACAGAUUCAUAUUAUCAAACAACAGCAACAUAUAUUUUCUAGAUUAAAAAUAUUUCAAAUAUUUGCCAUGAAUAAAGAAGUAAUCUCUGAGAUGGACGAUUUUGAGUCGGUGCCGUGCCGCAGGCGUUCCGAUGAGCUAAAGGUGUACGACAGCAAGACUCGCGUUAUCUGGCCGGCCCCAGAUAAACGGUCUGAGUCCGGCAAGAUGCUGGCCAACAUAGUCGUUGAAAAUUCAAAGAAUAUGUCUCCUAAGAAACAGAAACCCAGAUUCACUUGGCAUUGUACUUCCCACGGAACUUACCAGCGCAAACUGGUGACGGAUGACGAUGACGGAACACUGGAAACAGCACCAGCUGUUGGUCCCCGGCUGGGCUUGGCAUCCAAGGAUCAGGAAUAUUUGAUCAAUUCCAUUCCGAGUGCCAUAAAUUUGACCUCCCAAAUGCAGGAGGAAGAAUUGCUGCAGAAUGCUGAAAAAUCUGAAAAGGGCAUGGCUCUGUCGGCCAAAAAGUCCACUUCUAAAUUGUUGAAAUCGUUUAAGAAUUAUGUCAAAGAAAAUCUGAUGUUCCAAAGCUGUGCCAAUCAGACAUUUACCGAUUAAAACACAAGUGAAAAUGGCGAUGGGAUGGCUGGUUGGGACAAGGAAUAGACAGAACCGUUUGAGGGAAUGUUUGAAAACAUGUUUUAAUAAUUGAUUUAUCAUUCACAUAUGUAGGGUUUUUCUUGUAUAUGUAAGCAUUUCUAUAUAGUAGAUAACAUAUGUAUGGUGCUGAUGCUCUCCUCACCCAAUGCUUGCUAUUGAUUUUGCGUUCAUUCGAUAAUUAUAAAUAUGUACACAAAUACGAACCCUGAAAGGUACACUAGAAGAUAACACUCCAGAUGUCUCCUGAAUACAUACAGAUACUGAGAUAUAGAUAUAUAGAUAUCUGCAGCUUUGGAGCGAUCGAGGGAAUACUUGUGGAAGCAGAAAGUGCUGAAUUUAACUAAAAACUUGAAAAGAACUUAUCGGGGGAGCGACAGUAAUACUCGUAACAAAACUACACACAUCUACAUAUAUGCACAAAGACACAAUAUAAUAUACAUUAAACAAUUGAUAACAAGGGAUUGGUGGAGAACCAAAAAAA